AUGGACAAGUUUUUGAAAAGGAAAGAACUGGACUCUGAACAAAAUCUGGAGCCAGAUGAGAGCCCGAGUAUGAGUGGGGGUCAAAAGAAAGCAAAGAUGGUUAAAUUCUCUGGCGCAAGGCAAUAUAGCGAAAGCUAUAUUUCAGUUGGAUUUACUUUCACUGGAGAUGAACACAAACCAACUCCACUGUGCGUGGUGUGUGGUGAAAAGCUAGCUAACAGUGCUAUGGUCCCAAGCAAACUUAAACGCCAUCUCCAAACGAAACACCCUUUGCUUCAAAACAAGAAUGUGGACUAUUUUGUUCGCCUGCGUGACAACAUGGAGAAACAGGCAACUUUUAUGAGAAAAACAACAAAGGUAAAUGAAAGAGCUCUUAAAGCUAGCUAUCAAGUUGCUGAACUUAUAGCCAAGACAAAAAAGUCGCACACUGUGGCAGAGACAUUAAUACUUCCUGCCUGCAAAGCUAUUGUAGAGGAGAUGCUCGGACCUGAAGCAGCAAAGGAAAUAGCCAAAGUCCCUCUCUCAAACAACACAAUUUCCAGACGUAUUAAUGACAUGUCUGCAGACAUCGAAAGUGUGGUUUUGGAAAAGAUCCGUAUCAGUGAGAAAUUUGCAUUGCAACUUGACGAGUCUACUGAUAUCAGUGGACAUGCUCAACUCUUAGCUAAUGUGCGUUUUGUUGAUGGUGAUGCAAUUAGAGAAAACUUCUUUUUUUGCAAGGUAUUGCCAGAAAAAACAACAGGAGAAGAAAUUUUUCGGGUCACAUCAGAAUACCUUGAACAAGGAGGACUUAAGUGGGAAAACUGCACAAGUGUCUGCACCGAUGGAGCUGCAGCCAUGGUCGGUGUAAGCAGGUGUAGGCUUUGUAAGCAGAGUGAAGGAAAGAAAUCCAGAUGUGAUUAUUACGCAUUGUUUUUUACACACCGCGAGGCCCUCGUAGCCAAGACUUUACCAUCAGCCUUAGUUCAUGUGUUGGAUGAUGUUGUGCGCAUGGUAAACAUUGUAAAGUCACGACCCAUGAAAAGUCGCAUAUUUGCAGCUUUGUGUGAGGAGAUGGGAGCAAAGCAUAAAACCUUGCUGUUUCAUACGGAGGUCCGGUGGUUGUCGCGUGGCAAGGUCUUGGUUCGUGUGUAUGAGCUGCGGGAGGAACUUAAAGUGUUUCUGACAAAUGAGGGGUCAGAUUACGCAAAGCAGCUUGCAAGUGAUGAGUGGUGUGCAAGGCUGGCAUACCUGGCAGAUAUAUUUCAUCAUCUGAAUGAAUUGAACACCCGAAUGCAAGGCCGAAAUGAAAACCUGCUUACAAGUACAGAUAAAAUAAAUGGAUUCCGUUCAAAGGUGCAACUCUGGCAUCAACACGUGGAAAGUGGCAAUCUUGAAAUGUUCACACUCACCAUGCAAUGGCAAGGUGUUCACACUGCUGCACUGUUCUCCACUGAAUGCCUUGACUGGGUUAGGGACCCUUAUAGCUCAGCAUCAGUUGUUGGAAAGGAAAUGACUUUACAGGAGCAGGAGGAACUAAUUGAACUGAGACAAAAUCGUGGUUGCAAGCUAAGAUUUGCUGAUCUACCUUUGGACAGUUUUUGGUUGGAUACUGCCAAGGAGUUCCCCCUUCUGAAAAUUACCAAUGCUCUUGAAAAUAUGAGAAGAAAUAGGGCUCUUGGACCUGACGGAAUUCCUUUGGAUCUGUUUCAAGAACUUGGUUUGAUCAAUGUUUGUGAAGGAGAAUUCGAUUACUAG